GCGGAUUUACCACACUCUCGAUCUCCAACUGGAGCUGGCCGUAGGACAUUUCUUGCCACGUUUCUUGCGCGACUCUUUUCGGUCCCGGUUAUGUCUGCAGGGAUGAACAAAAAGAAGAGGAGCAGUACUGGCAGGGGAGUAGCAGGGAUCGAGAGGUCUGCAGUGAGGAUUGUGCUGACGGCCCUCCAAGAUUCCUCUGAGGACUCUGACCUCAUUUCUCUCUCUUCAUCUCUCCUGCAGCUGGCCUCCAGUGAUGCCAAAGAACGCAAGACAAUAAUGCACAGCUCAACAGAAGGAGUGGGAGUCAUCCUCAAAUCACUGCAGCAGCUUGCAGAUAACUUUCCGCUGGUACAAAACCUCACUGUAACACUGGAGUGCCUGGCAAAGCACAAGUACACAGGGAAGCUGGUUCGAAAAGGAGCAAUUCCAGUAGUCCUAUCGUCAAUGGUGUCAUCAUCAAGAAGUGACUGGUGUACUGACAGCCUCCUCCAUCUCUAUCACUCCCUCCUCCUCCAGCUAGCCAGCAAAGACAAGAAUUUUGCGAUCAAGGCGAGGCUGAGUGGAGCAGUGCCAGUGACGGUAGGGCUACUGAAGAGGAGUCACGGAGACCACACCUCCCUCCACACACUCCUAGGACUCCUCAAGAUCAUGGCCUCCAACAGUGCUAAUGCGAUGUUCAUGGGGAAGCACGGAUGCCUGUCUGUGCUGUCAAAACUGCUGGAUGGUGUGGCAAAGAAGAACUACAUCGUCUUAAAGUUAUGUGCAGAGGCUCUUACUCCUUUGCUUAAACAAAAGACCCUGGUCAGCAGGGGCUGGGGCCAGAGCUGUGUGGGUCAGCUGGUGGCCCUGCACAAACACUGCCACCUCACCGACAGACAGUCCAGGCACCUGCCCCUCAGGAGAUCUCUUCUCCUCUCUCUCAAGGCUGCAACCUCCUCAGCUGUUGGAACUGAUGCCUUCCGAAAGAGCAAUGGUCUUGAGGUGAUACACUGUAUAAGACUUGGGAAGGUUUUCCUGAUACCGAUGUCGGGGAAAGGGCUGUGA